CUCUCUAACAUCUCUCCCUUUCCAUCCAUCUUUCUCCUCCUCUCACAUCACUUCUGCACCUAAUCUUUCAUCCUUUUAUUUCAGAGAGAGAGAGAGAGAGAGAGAGAUGGGUACCCUGCAUCUGAAUUCAAUAGCAGCAGCCCAAGGAGCAGAGGAAGAAGAAGAAGUGGUUCUUUCUUCAUCACUAACAACUGAUCAGCAGGGACAAAAGAAGGCAGCGUUGGAUGCCGGAGCUCUGUUCGUUCUCAAGUCUAAAGGAUCAUGGAUGCACUGUGGAUACCAUUUGACGACGUCGAUAGUGGCUCCGGCACUGCUGAGCCUACCAUAUGCUUUCGCAGCGUUGGGAUGGAUAGGAGGAGUGGUGUGUCUGUGUGUGGGAGCGGCGGUGACUUUUUACUCAUACAACCUAAUCUCAUUGGUUCUUGAACAUCAUGCCCACUUGGGUCGUCGACAACUACGUUUCAAAGAUAUGGCCGAUGACAUCUUAGGGCCAGGAUGGGGUAGAUAUUUUGUGGGGCCUAUUCAAUUUGUGGUCUGCUAUGGUGGAGUUAUUGGUUUUGCUCUUCUUGGGGGUCAGUGCAUGAAGACAAUUUACUUGUUAUCAACACCAGAGGGAACCAUGAAGCUUUACGAAUUCAUAACCAUAUUUGGAUGUUUUAUGUUGAUCUUAGCUCAAAUCCCAUCUUUCCACUCUCUAAGGCACAUCAAUCUUGUUUCCUUGCUUCUUUGUCUUGCUUACAGUGCUUGCACCACAGCAGGUGCCAUCUACGUAGGAAGUACAUCCAAAGGUCCUCUCAAAGACUAUUCCAUUCAUGGUGAUAGAACAAGCCAGGUCUUCGGUGUCUUCAGUGCAAUAGCCAUUAUCGCCACCACAUAUGGGAAUGGGAUCAUUCCAGAGAUCCAGGCAACGUUAGCUCCUCCGGUGAAAGGGAAAAUGUUCAAGGGACUACUAAUUUGCUACGCUGUAGUGAUGGUUACUUUCUUUAGUGUCUCCAUAGCCGGCUAUUGGGCUUUCGGAAACCAAGCUAGUGGAAUAAUCCUCAACAACUUCAUCCACAGUAAUGGCAACACUUUGGUGCCAAAAUGGUUUCUUAUGAUGACCAAUAUCUUCACUCUUCUCCAACUGGGAGCUGUUGGUGUGGUCUACUUGCAACCCACAAAUGAAAUACUUGAACGUAUAUUUGGAGAUCCGAAAAGCCCCGAGUUCUCUAUUCGCAAUGUUGUGCCAAGGUUAAUUACUCGAUCCUUAAUAGUUGCGACAGGAACCAUACUUGCAGCAAUGCUUCCAUUCUUUGGAGAUAUGGGUGCUUUGAUUGGAGCUUUUGGGUUCAUGCCUCUCGACUUCGUUUUGCCUAUGGUUUUCUUCAACUUAACAUUUAAGCCAUCGAAACAAAGACUGGUUUUCUGGCUAAACACUGCUAUUGCUAUGGUAUUUUCUGCUUUAGGAGUAUUGGGGGCAAUUGCAGCAGUCCGACAAAUAGCUCUUGAUGCCAAAAAUUAUAAAUUGUUUGCUGAUGUAUGAUCGAUCCCUCCUAAUCUAUGCCUUUCCAAAUAGUAGAUCCCAAAGGAUCUUUUGUUAUAGGACAAUUUUUUGUUGUUGUUGUUGUCCCUUGAAGAUCGUAGUGAGUUUGUUGUACCCUUUCUUAUUUGUUGUUCAAAGGCAUAAUGCCAGU